AUGAAAUUGCAGGACGUAUCUACACCAUCUUCUGGAAAACCAAAAGCCAAGAAAAAGAUAGUGAUGUCGUUAUGUCAUCAGUCGGACCAGAUCAGACUGCAAUUCAAGACUGCCAAUGUGGUGGAGGAUAUCUGCGGUAGAGCUGAAAUUUUCAGUGAUGAUCGGGAAGAAGCUGAGUGGUUAUCUAUGCCUCUUUCUCAUCUUAGAGUGCUUGCAAAUGAAAUAAUGUCUCUUUGA